AUGGAUGUGACGACUGGAUUUACAUUCUAUAUUAUUUUACUGCAACUAUUUCACGCGAAUGGACUUUAUAUCUCCAAUAGCAUAGGUAUGUGGGAUUUGUGAUAUUAUAGGGUACGUUUUAUACAGUUGUGUGAAGCUUAACCUAGGCACCACCGUUGCGAAUAUGAUCUGAUCACGAUUCGACUCUUGAUGCAUGUCAAUUUCACAGAGGUUAUUUCGUAGCCCAGACAUUUCCAAUACGCUUUUACAGAAACAGAAAUAUCCUGGAGUUGGUAAGGCAUGGCAGUUUGUUUAUAAACAAUGCAGUGUCUCAGUAAGGUUUCCCUUUCUUUUGCAUGACACAAACUUUUCCCACAUUUAUUUUGCAUCCAAACACAGUUUACGUGCGCUCAAAUUCAGCAUGUAAAGAACAUUCCAAUGGCAGAUUGAUCACUAUUGAUUAGUCCUGAAUUUCCAAAUGUUUUGUUGAAGUUUUUACAGCAGUUAGGCUAUUAGUUAGACUAACAACAACGACCUCUCCAAAUAAGAACUUACGUUUUUGACUUGUAAAAUAAAUGAUUGGAAUUAAAUUAAACUUGACGCUUCAAUUUCAUUUUAUACUUAAAAUUACGAUCUCGAUUAUUUCAAGUUGACAGCUUUAAUCAUCACACUAUCUUGACAUAUGUACUUCCCUGCGUAGUCUGAAGUCGACAAAGUGAUGGAUGCAGUUUUGCUGAUAAAUGCAGUCUUGCGUAGUCUUGCUGUAAACAUAGAAUUUGGAAUGACUAAUAGUCAUUUAAUAGGAUAUCUAUGGCUGUGAACUUGGACGCGUUUGUUAUGAUUUACAAAGAAUGAUAGUCUGCCUACCUACAUACCGUGUAAAGACGCAUGCUCAUCUGCGCGCCGUGAACCGGCGUGAACACUUUGGCAAUUGGCACACCGAAGUUUAAAAAGAUGUUUGAUAGGCCUAUUGUCCAGGUUUAUUGUUGCCUGUGGUUUAUUUGAUAUGGUGUGAGCUAUAUUCACGUGUGUGCUAUAUUCACAGAUUCACAUUGUAUGAUGUCAUGUUUAUCAAGUGAGACCCAGCAUAUUUAUUUAUUUACCCAUGCUAUUUAGAUAGUAAAGCGUGUACGCGUGGGUGCGCGCGUGUGACUGUGUGCGUGUGUUUGUGCUCAUCUGAGCUCCUAUGCAUGAUUGUGUGUGUAUUGAUCUGUGUGUGUGUGUGUGUGUGUGUGUGUGUGUGUGUAUUGAUCAGUGUGUGUGUGUGUAUUGAUCAGUGUGUGACUGUCUCUCCCUGUGCACACAGAGUCUCUGCAGCAUGUCCUGAGUGAGUAUGGGGUGGUGAGGCCUGUGAACACUGACGCAGAGGGCCGUUUCCUCUCAGGUGCUGUCUCCGCACCUCAGCUUGACAGCCAGCAGCAGCAGGCCCACAGACGCUGGAGAAGAGAGGCUGCAGCUGCCUCAGACCCCAGCCAUGUAGACCUGGAGGAAGGAGAGGGCACAGCCAGGCACAGGGAGACACUCUUCUACAAUGUCACUGUGUUUGGCCGGGAGCUUCACCUGCACCUGCGCCUCAACUCCAGGCUGGUGGCCCCCGGAGCUAAGCUGGAGUGGCACGAGGAGGGCAGCCAGACCCGCUACGAACCUCUACGGGACAGCGACUGCUUUUAUGUAGGAGAGGUCACCAAUGUCAGGGACACGUCCGUCGCUAUCAGCAACUGUGAUGGCCUGGUAAGUGCUGCACCGUUGAUAAAUAUAUCCCUCAUGUAUAGUUAUUACACUGCUAGUACGCCUGUAGAACGGAUUAGGUAGCUUCAGUUGAUAGACAGAGGGGGCAAUGCCAUAGUAAUAAAGAUGGCUAGACUUAGGUCAUCCAAGAGGCAGGAGAGAUUGGAAAGUGGAACCCCUGCUCUGGCACAUUGUUAUGGUUGUGUAUCAUUGCACAGAAGGACUGAGAUUAUUUUCGAUGUAGGCAGAUGUUUUUCAUAUGGUCUGCAUCAAAAUAGAGGAUUGUAAAAAAUAAAAUAAAUAAAGCAGUAAUCUCAAAAUAAAACAAACUUCUCCCUGCUUGGCAUUACUGGUCGGUCUCCACCAGGCAGGGUGGCAGUAUUCAGCAUGCAGGUCAUUGCUGGUCGGUCUCCACCAGGCAGGGUGGCAGUAUUCAGCAUGCAGGUCAUUGCUGGUCGGUCUCCACCAGGCAGGGUGGCAGUAUUCAGCAUGCAGGUCAUUGCUGGUCGGUCUCCUCCAGGCAGUGUGGCAGUAUUCAGCAUGCAGGUCUCUGUGCUGUUGAAGGUGGGAGGCCCAGGGGAGGUUUUAGUCCCUGGAGGUUAACGCUUCAUAUCUCAGGCAGCUGCUUCAUCCCCAUCCCCUCUCCCGCCCACCCUGCAGGAAAUAAACCACAUCUCCUUAAUGAUCACAUGAAAUAGGUUGGCCGAAAUCCCCUCUGUUUAAUUAAAUAUGCUCCUUAGAGACACACACACUAUUACUCUCUCAAGGUAGGUUUCAGACAAGUCUGCGUUUAGAAUUAGCGAUAAAGAAACAAUUUGUUAGAAAAAGACACCACUGUGAUUUUCUCUCUUUACACCGUGUUGUUUCCCAUGUCCCCUGGACAAAUCACACUGCAGUGUUAUGAUCAGACCCUGGUUCAGAUUACAGUGUCAGAAAACAACUGUCAAGAGAAAGACCGGUCUUCAAACAUGGAUAGUCUCAUUGGCGAGUGUCUGUCCGUGAGUGAUUUGAAUUACUAUUUUUUCUCUGUGAGGAGUGUUCCAUUUCUCUGCUUGGAACACAUAGCGCCAGAGCAUGUCCAGACCCAGUACUGUACAGUGUUGUGACCAGACCGCUGUAGGUUUUCUAUUUCAAUCCCUCGGUCCACAUAGGUUUGGUCUACAUACUAUAGCUAGGUUAUACAGCAUGUAGUGUGCUAUUGUCAUGCCCCCUCCUACCUUCUGAUCAUUAGUAGACAAAGCAUAUACAGUGGAGAGACACAUGCGUCAUAUUUAUGCAGUGUCGAUACAUGACCACAUGACCACAAAAAAGGGUGAAACGAUUUUUAGGAUGAGUUGCACCUCCAAGCUUCACACUCACUAAGCUCCUCCUCCUCCAAGCUUCACACUCACUAAGCUCCUCCUCCUCCAAGCUUCACACUCACUAAGCUCCUCCUCCUCCAAGCUUCACACUCACUAAGCUCCUCCUCCUCCAAGCUUCACUUCACACUCACUAAGCUCCUCCUCCUGAAAGAUAAAUACUGUUGAAUGAUUGAAUGCUUAUGAGAUUCUACUACCAAGCUGUAAGGCCUGGGUCAUUGGUACUGCAGGCCAUGCAUGAGUAUCAGCAUUAGCAGACUGCAUCAGAGCGAAGCCCGUCUACAGAAAGUGUCUCAGAGAAGGAAAGAGUGCUGAUCUGGGAUCAGGUCCCCCGUGUAUUCAUUAUGAUAAAAAAUAUAAAACUGAUCCUAGAUCAGCACUCCUACUCCGAGAUGCUUUAUGAAUACGGUCCAGAGCAGGCUGCUGCACUGAGAAGGGCAGGGGCAUGAUGCUGGUACCGGACCCCUGCUAAGGGACAAAUGAGUAAGGGAUGCCCUACAAGCAGAGGCACAAGCUGUUGCCAUUGCCAUAGUGUCUGUAGGAGGAAGUGACAUCCACCAAAUGAUUCUCAGAAAAAAAGUGAUGUGUUGGUAUGGCCUCUUAGGUUAGAUUUAGUCUGAGUACCAGUCUCUUUAGCUAUCAUUCCACUCCUUGCCAGUCCUUGUCAUUGCCAAAAAAGACUGAUCUUUCGGCAAUCUCAAUGUUCAAUAUGCGCUGGAUUUACGGCAGAGUUGCUCAUUGGUUGUUGGUAAUAACAUUAAUAUUUUCCAUGACAUCAUGUGGAGCUUCGAAAUGAGAAUUUAUAACAAAGUCAGUUGUAUUUUGAGGCAUUUUGUGGUUGGAAUUGCAGAGGCAUUUUGUGGUUGGAAUUGCAGUAUGUAUUUAGUUUGAGAAUUUAGAUGUGAGCAUCUGAAUAAACAAAAAACAGUUGCUUAGCAACCGGAUACCAACGUGGUCUGUGUAGAAAAAUGUGCAUAAUCGUUGUGAUUGGAGGAUAGCUGUGAGGGUGAUCGAAUCAGGAUCAAAUCCUCUGUUCUCCUCGAGCUCAUUAAUGAUAGAAUGUUAAUAUUUAAAGAUGGCAGAAAGGAUAGUCUCCUUGGCACAUGACGUGGCGUACAGGGAGUGGAUUAGCUAAAGAGACUGAUACCCAGGCUAGGUUAGAUUGGGUGGCCUGAGCAAAUCUGUUGUGGCCUUGGCUACAGACCGUUGUCAUGGAAACCACCCUCUUAUGCAAUUUGUCCUGAGGGGUCAGCCUGUCAGUUUAAAGUCUGUGUCUGUGUGAUAUCUCUCUAUUAUUGUCCCUCAUCCCUUCUCUGUGUGAUCUGUCCUGCAUGACCUUGUUCCAGAGAUGCAUUGCAUUGCUGAAUUAUAAUUAAAUAUAACUUAUAUAUAACUUUCUCUGUGUUAUGAUAUCAGAGCAGUCAAUCCUCUACUACGGGGGUUCUUAAACUUUUAUAGCUCGAGACCCGAAUGAGAAAUUGACCAUCCUACCGUGACCCAAAUCGUCCUCCAAUGACACAAAUCACGACCCACCUCUCACAUGCCCAGGGCCCACUUUGGGUGCCGACCCAUAGUUUAAGAAAGCCUGCUGUACUACAAACAGUAAGAACAGCUGUUAGUCUUAUCCAACUUGCAAUCAAGCCACCAAAGAACCAUAAUCCCAUACAGACCUCAUGCUGCCCAAAAGUUCAGGAAGUUAAUCAAUUUUGCGCUGGGAUGGUUUCUGUGUUGGUUGGAAAUCCUUCAGCCUUUGCACGAUAUAGCCUAUGUCAGCUGUGUAUAACCUAGUAAUGAAGAUGCAACCUUUCUAAAGUCAUCCCAGGGGUCUUUUCUCAACACAAGCGCUGGAUGUCACUUAUUUAGUUGGGUUCACUUUUGUGCUAUAAUCAAGUUGUUCAUUUUGCUCCCCUGGCACGUAUGUGGCUGGGGUGUUUGGAGCUGUGUCCUGACUUACACGACCUCUGAGCCUUCUCAAAUCAAUGUUGGACCAGGGCUCACUGUUUCAGCCAUCUGUCGCCCCUCUCCCUGGUUUGGGCCAAUAGGAGCCACUCUCUUUGUGGUGUUGAGCGGGCCGUGGAGCGGGGUGAAAGAGGAACACUUGUCAGGUAGGGCCAUUCCAGAAUCCCCUGGCUCCGGUCUCUAUGGAGUAGCUGUGGCCUUUGAUUAUUCCAUUGGAAGGACAAAGUGGGGAACCCACUGUGACUGCACCGGCACACUUCCUUUCCUCUCCGCAGGAGUUUAGAUCCGUUUCUGUUUGAGUGUGGAUGGAAACCUCAGUCCUAAUUGUAUCUGGCUGAAGGCCCAGUCCAUCUGGCUGAAGGCCCAGUCCAUCUGGCUGAAGGCCCAGUCCAUCUGGCUGAAGGCCCAGUCCAUCAGGCUGAAGGCCCAGUCCAUCUGGCUGAAGGCCCAGUCCAGCAGGCUGCGUGUUACAUUAACGUUUCAAAGUGACAUAUUGACGCUCUUGUCAGGAUUUAUAGUUGCGAGAACAGGCCCAGCUGGAGUGAAAAGAGGAUCUUUGAACUGGAAGACUCUGCUGUAGAGAACAGGUCUACACACCUGAAUACAGCUGACCUCCUUAGAGAACACAACUCUCUCAUCACAAACAUGGAAGCCAAUAAAUGUCUUGUCAUGUUUGGUUUUUGUUUGCUUCUGUGUCAGCUUUCUUUCUGUGCCAUGAGACUCAGUCCAAUUACACAGAUUAAAUAUAUAUAUAUAUAUAUAUAUAUAUAUAUAUAUAUAUAUAUAUAUAUAUAUAUAUAUAUAUAUAGCGUUUGGAAGAAUUCCAUGACUGACACCUUAGCAUUUAGAGUUGUUUAUGUAUUUCAUGGUGAGUAGGAGGAGUGUGACCUGGAUAGAAAGAUGUUACAAAGAAAAACGUUUAAAAGGAAAAGCGUCUCCGGGCGCUCAUGGACAAAGGGUUGAGUGUGGCUCCAUCCAAAAUGCAAUGUGAAAGGGAUGGUUGGGAAUGAAGAAGAGGAGAUUGGGUCUUGAUGGUUCCCUCCUGAUCUGUCUGUAGUUACAGUAGGACAUGUGAUGUCAGCCACCUGGCUCGUCCAAUCCCUGCAGGAGGUGCAUUCUCCAAAAUGAAAACAGCAGUGUGCCGUGGAUGUUAAUCAAGAGAAUUCUGAAGGCAGUCAAUACAUGUCAGGUCUGACCCGAUGAUCCAGGACAUUUUAACGUGUGUGUGUGUGUGUGUGUGUGUGUGCGUGUGCGUGUGUGCGUACGUUCGUGCGUGCGUGCAAGAGAGAGGGAGACAGCUUGUGUGCAUUAGACCAGACUAGAGUAUAUUUCACUUGAUAUAGUUCUUGUUUUAUUGGGCUUUUAUGGUCGUGUGUUGAUAUGAAUAUUGAUGUGGUUGUGUUGAUUCCUGACACAUGUUAGUAGGGCUCCGCUGCUGCUGAGUUUGAAUGACAGCUUGUAAUGAAGAGUGAAGGGAGGCAGCCCAGAAGGGGUUUCAGUUUCUACUCUCUCUGAUGUCCUACAUUCCUGUUGCCAGUGGUCAACAGAGAAAUGAAGGAGAUUACUGGGAUGAACAUCAAAUCACAAGUGGCUUUGGCCUGCGCAUCAUAGCACCUUUGAUUCUUGCCAGGCUUGAAAAUGAACAUGGUUGAUGAUAUUUUAUUUAUUUGAAACUGACGAUUUUGACUUGUUUAUGUUAAUUCUUGACUUUAUACUGUAUCCAACUCAGGAUCAAAAUGAAGUUUGCUCCAGGACUCAUUAAUCCUUGAAUCUCAGAGAUUUGGUGGCACAAUCUGGGUGUCCAUUUCACUUGCCACAAUAACAACUGGCACAAAACACCUAAUCUCAGAUUUGAUUGAAUGUAAUCGAUUGAUAAUGUGUUAGAUUAUGUUGAAAAGGCUGAAAAUUAACACAGUAUCAUGAUUAAAUUUAAGGUUGAAAGGAAGCUUGAGGAACUUUAGAAAUCCCUUCUUUGGAGCAGUGUGAGUGAAGGUCAUGUAAACCAACGACCUGUCCAAUGGCAACUAACACUGAAUACUGUGAGUCAACAUGGCAAGUUUUUAAACACUUUUGGCCUUUUUGCAAUGGAAACUAUUGACACGGAACAUGAGGUCAUGCUGUUGUGCAACAGAAAUAUGUUUCUUAAUCAAGUAUUAUGGAUAUGGCCCCGUUUAGUCUUCUUAAUCUUCCCUUUCCAACACAUAGUGUGUGGAGACGAUGCCAUUGGGAAACAACUCAUCCACUUUAUUUCCAGUUUAAACACAGUAUUUUCUCCUUUCCAUGGCCCUUCCACUGAAAUAUAAACCCAGCAGUGAAAAUGGAGAGUUUAUUACCCGGGGUUAGAGGGCUGGAGGUUUUACAAUGGCUCUUUCAUUCAUAUCAACUUGAAAAGAUUACUAUUGUCAACCCUGUGAAAGCUGUCAUUACCUCAAAGAGCUGUACUUAGCUGCAGUAUACAUUAUCUGUCAUUUCACAAAGAGCUGUCCAUUGUGAGAGCUAAGGUAGUGCUCACAUGCUUCCACCCCCGUUCAGACAGACAGGCAGACAGACAGACAGACAGACAUACAUACAGACAGACAGACAGGCAGACAGACAGACAGGCAGGCAGGCAGACAGACAGACAGACAGACAGACAGACAGACAGACAGACAGACAGACAGACAGACAGACAGACAGACAGACAGACAGCAGACAGACAGACAGAACGCUGGCAACAAGGCAAAGUUGUCAUGAGUGAGAGCUCUGCUCUGCCUGCCUCUCAUUUGGAACAUGUCAUGCAGGCUUUGUGCUCCUCCUCCUCCUCCUCCUCCUCCUCCUCCCUACAGACAUAACUACCUCUGGAUUAAUGUAUUUUCCUGCCCCCUCACACACACACACACACACACACACACACACACACACACACACACACACACACACACACCACACGCCACACACACACUGAACACUGAAAAGUUAGGGUAUGAACAGCAGGUCUCCCGGGGCGACCAGUCUCUUAACAAGACAGCAGGCAGGCCUGACUCUGAGCUGGAAACCGGGACGGAGCUGCUCAGGCCCUCUCUCUUAGGCUCUGCUCUCCCAUUUCACUCUUGGCAGGCCAGGCCAGGCCAGGCAGGCUUCGGAGCCUCUCAGGCUUAUGGAAGAGCCAGAGUUUUCAAUGUGACAGUGAAGCUGGAUCACAUCUUCAAUAAGAUUCUGCACCAGCAUGGUUUAUGCUAACUUAUCCAUCAUUGCUCCUGUAAAGAUUUACAAUUUUUAUGCCAUUUUACAGCUAAAGAGUCGUGUGGGUAUAAUACCACUAAUCAGGUAGCAUACCCACACAACCACUGAUCCAACUGUGUUGACACUGUAGAAUAUUUCUGACAGUAAAGCUGGUAGUGAGAGCUAGUGAUUUAUUUGUGAUUGUUAAGUGAAGUUGAUCCCUCAAAUGUUAGUUUACGAUUUUCAAUUGGCAAGAGAGGAUUUGACAUCUGGGAAAGUUAUUUGUUGUUGAAGAGUUUGAUUUUAGAUUGAGGGUUUGGAUGUCUAUCACAGUGUAGCCAAAUGGAAAAAGUUAGUCUGCAAAAACCCCAGUCUUGCACCAUUGUUUAAUAUAUUAUAUAUAAAGUUGCUGCAGGAAAAGAAAGCCUUCCCUGUCACGUGGGAGAAUGGAAAUUCUUGCUUUCAAGACUGAGGUAUGUGCAUCUUUCCUCCAGCCCAGGGUACAAUCUUUCCUAUUAAGUCCUUUAUUCCCGAGCAUGACUCUAAUCAGCUGUUCGAGUUCCUGAGGUGAGGUGACUGAGCAACUGCUUUUCUGAGUGGAGGAUGUGUACUUAGCCAUGCUGCGUGGUAAGGCAGGUUAAGUUUGACUUCACAGUGGCUCAGAAAGCUGGCUGACCGAGGUGUAACUGCUGGUAUCAAUUUAUGCAGAGUCCGGUCCUUUCCUUGGUAAUUAUACCUCGGGAGGAUGUGACAGCUCCUUGUGUAAUAUUUCCCAGGAGGCUGUUAAAUGGCAGCCUCAGCAGCCCGUCUCUAGCUCAGUGGUUCGGGGUCAGAGAGAGGAGCAGUAUUGAGCUGACCCUGAACAGACCUGACUGUUCCAGUCUCAGUGUGUUUUAAAGUUUACAUUCGCAUCCCUCCUCUUCCUCGUUCCCCGUUCUCCAGGUCAGACACAGGAUAGGGGGCCACCUGGUUUGGGCUGUCACGCCACAUUUUGGCUGUCUGCAUUUAUGAAAGCAUUAGUACCGCUGUUUUGGCUGACCUAAAUUGUUGAUCAGUUGGUUGAUCUAAAUUGGCCCCAUAGUGAUCAACUCAUGUCUCUUUGCAGUCUCAUGUCAUUUGUACUUCUCAAUGUUGUCCUCUCUUCUGGCCGAGCUUCAAAGUGGUGGAGAUAUUGAUUAUUGUGCAUUUCCCUUAUCAAUUAAGUUAUUCUCAAAGUGUUAUUUAAAGUUGUUGUUUUUUCCAGUUAGACGCUUGUGAUUGUAGAGUCCAACCCCCUUCUCAUCUCAUCUCUCUCAGGCAGGAAUGAUCCGCACGGGGCGGGAGGAGUUCUUCAUCGAACCCCUGGAGCACCGAGUGGGUGGGGCGAGGGAGGAGGAGGGCGGAGACGGACGACAUCACAUCGUUUAUCGCUCCUCUGCCAUUAAGAGACCCCCUGUCAGUCAAACAGUGGACUCUUACCGCCGAGGUAAGAGGAACUUCAGAUACACCUCUACAGAACCUGCAUGCUUUUUUCUGACUAUCAGGAGACAUGAUGAUAGGUCAUAGGUCAUAGGUCGCCUUCACAGGUCGUCAUCAUCUGUAACUUUAAAUCAAAUCAAAUCAAACCAAAUUUAUUGGUCACAUACACAUGUUUAGCAGAUGUUAUUGCGGGUAAUAGCGAAAUGCUUGUGUUUCUAAAUUUAACUCCGACAGUGCAGUAUUAUCUAACAAGUAACAUCUAACAAUUUCACAACAUAUACCCAAUACACACAAAUCUAAGUAAAGCAAUGGAAUUAAGAAUAUAUACAUAAAUAUAUGGACGAGCAAUGUCAGGGGGGAAUAGACUAAGAUACAGUAGAAUAGUAUAAAAUACAGUAUAUACAGUUGAAGUCGGAAGUUUACAUACACUUAGGUUGGAGUCAUUAAAACUCGUUUUUCAACCACUCCACAAAUUUCUUGUUAACAAACUAUAGUUUUGGCAAGUCGGUUAGGACAUCUACUUUAUGCAUGACACAAGUAAUUUUUCCAACAAUUGUUUACAGACAGAUUAUUUCACUUAUAAUUCACUGUAUCACAAUUCCAGUGGGUCAGAAGGUUACAUACACUAAGUUGACUGUGCCUUUAAACAGCUUGGAAAAUUCCAGAAAAUGAUAUGAUGGCUUUAGAAGCUUCUGAUAGGCUAAUUGACAUUGUUUGAGGCAAUUGGAGGUGUACCUGUGGAUCUUUGCUUGACAUCAUGGGAAAAUCAAAAGAAAUCAGCCAAGAACUCUCCUAGAGUUGAACGUACUUUGGUGCGAAAAGUGCAAAUCAAUCCCAGAACAACAGCAAAGGACCUUGUGAAGAUGCUGGAGGAAACAUGUACAAAAUUAUCUAUAUCCACAGUAAAACGAGUCCUAUAUCAACAUAACCUGAAAGGCCGCUCAGCAAGGAAGAAGCCACUGCUCCAAAACCGCCAUAAAAAAGCCAGACUACGGUUUGCAACUGCAUAUGGGGACAAAGAUAGUACUUUUUGGAGUAAUGUCCUCUGGUCUGAUGAAACAAAAAUUGAACUGUUUGGCCAUAAUGACCAUUGUUAUGUUUGGUGGAAAAAGGGGGUGCUUGCAAGCCGAAGAACACCAUCCCAACCGUGAAGCACGGGGGUGGCAGCAUCAUGCUGUGGGGGUGCUUUGCUGCAGGAGGGACUGGUGCACUUCACAAAACAGAUGGCAUCAUGAGGAAGGAAAAUUAUGUGGAUAUAUUGAAGCAACAUCUCAAGACAUCAGUCAGGAAGUUAAAGCUUGGUCACAAAUGGGUCUUCCAAAUGGACAAUGACACCAAGCAUACUUCCAAAGUUGUGGCAAAAUGGCUUAAGGACAACAAAGUCAAGGUAUUGGAGUGGCCAUCACAAAGCCCUGACCUCAAUCCUAUAGAAAAUGUGUGGGCAGAACUGAAAAAGUGUGUGCGAGCAAGGAUGCCUACAAACCUGACUUAGUUACACCAGCUCUGUCAGGAGGAAGGGUCAAAUAUCACCCAACUUAUUGUGGGAAGCUUGUGGAAGGCUACCCGAAACGUUUGACCCAAGUUAAACAAUUUAAAGGCAAUGCUACCAAAUACUAAUUGAGUGUAUGUAAACUUCUGACCCACGGGGAAUGUGAUGAAAGAAAUAAAAGCUGAAAUAAAUCAUCCUCUUUACUAUUAUUCUGACAUUUCACAUUCUUAAAAUAAAGUGAUGAUCCUAACAGACCUAAGACAGGGAAUUUUUACUAGGAUUAAAUGUCAGGAAUUGUGAAAAACUGAGUUUAUAUGUAUUUGGCUAAGGUGUAUGUAAACUUCUGACUUCAACUGUACAUAUGAGAUGAGUAAUGCAAGAUAUGUAAACAUUAUUAAACUGACUAGUGUUCCAUUUAUUAAAGUGGCCAGUGAUUUCAAGUCUAUGUAACGCCAGGUUUGUGGGUUCGUUUCCCACGGGGGGCCAGUAUAAAAAAAAAUAUAUAAUAAUAAUAAUGUAUGCACUCACUAACUGUAAGUCGCUCUGGAUAAGAGCGUCUGGUAAAUGACUAAAAUGUAAAAAAAAAAAAGAUAUGGUACAUAGGGCAGCAGUCUCUAAGGUGCAGGGUUACAUAACCGGGUGGAAGCCUCCUAGUGAUGGCUAUUUAACAGUCUGAUGGACUUGGAUAGAAGUUGUUUUUCAGUCUCUCGGUCCCAGCUUUGACGCACCUGUACUGACCUCACCUUCUGGAUGAUAGCGGGGUGAACAGGCAGUGGAUCGAGGGGUUGUUGUCCUUGAUGAUCUUUUUGGCCAUCCUGUGACAUCGGGUGCUGUAGGUGUCCUGGAGGGCUGGUAGUUUGCCCCCGGUGAUGCGUUGGGCAGACCGCACCACCCUCUGGAGAGCCCUGCAGUUGCGAGCGGUGCAGUUGCCGUACCAAGCGGUGAUACAGCCAGACAGGAUGCUCUCAAUUGUGCAUCUGUAAAAGUUUGUGAGGGUUUUUGGUGCCAAGCAACAUUUCUUCAGCUUCCUGAGUGCUGAAUGCUGAUAAGCCUUAUGUGGGUCUCUUCUAGACAUUCAAUUUGUGUCCCUCUUGGAAUAUCUAUUGAACUGGCAGUGAAUUCUGCAUUAUUGUGCAUAGAGAAAACAAAUGUAUCCCUCUCCAUGCCCUCCAAGUUCUCCUGGUCUAGCCUGAUGAACAAAAUGAAUGCUAUCCAGAGAAAGCAUUUAAAUUUAACAUUAGUUUUUUCUGAUUUUAAGUGUUGCCUGAUUCUAAAAUGCAAUAUUUAGUUCACUGUAUACAUAAGCUGUCAUGAUAUUUGAUACACACGUAAAUACACUCUCUGGCAUGUCUCUACAGAGCAAAUCAGACUGGAGGAUAGUUCAACGCCCAUGUAGGACAAAGCAAAGGCUGCUAAACUCGAAUUAACCAAAUGUUCCACUUUUUUUUUCUUAAAUGGAUCUCUACAGUAUGCAGUCAUUAGACUUAUAAUAAAGGAUUCUCACUGGAUGGGAAAGUACAGUAUGGUGGAAUGUUUGUUUCUCUCUAGUUCAUGGUCUAAUCAUCAAACUAUUUACCCCCCCCCCCCCCCCGCCAUGACUCCCAUUUCACCCUGUCCAUUUCCUCCUCAGGGGUCAGAGUUCACCCAAACUCCCCUCACUGAGCAGAUAGAAGAUACAGUAAUCUGCGUGGGUGGAUAAAGACGUGAUAAAGUUAUAAAAGGGAUUCACAUGUCACUUCAGUUCCAACCACGGAGCUCAGCCUGAGGAUAUUGGGAGGCUAGACUUGUUUCUCAGUCACUUCAAAUUUGUAGGUUUUUUUUGGAGUAGUUCUAGUCUACUCUAAAAGACUAUACUAUACGAAAGACAUAUGUAUUCCGGGCAUUCUGCCAAGUUGGAUUGUUAUACACAAAUUCUCAUAAGACAAAUGCACACAUGCACACAUGCUCUCACACAAUUUAUAUGUACUUAAAGAACACGUAUACACACACUUACACACAUCAUUUUAUGAACUUCUAAUGGGGAAACUGGAGACAGGAGAAACACCCGCAUGAUGGACUUUGGCAUCAGCUGUGUGGAUUGGAUCGGAGGCUCAGAUUUAGUCGCACAAAUCCAUCAGAGGCGCGUCGGUCGCAGCCAAGACGAGCUGCAGCCAGCCAACUCCUACGUGGCAGGGCUGAGUGCUGAUGGGAUAUUAGCCUACAGUAAACUAUAUUCCUCCAGUGGAGGAGAGCAUGGCUGA